AUGGGUAUCCCAGCGGCAUUCCGAUGGUUUUCUAACAAAUAUCCCAAGAUCAUCUCGCCAGUGAUCGAGGAUCAACCCAUCACAAUGGAAGACGGUUCGACCAUUCCCGUCGACACUACGAGGCCGAAUCCAAAUGGCGAAGAACUUGACAAUCUUUAUCUUGACAUGAACGGCAUCGUCCAUCCCUGCUCCCACCCCGAGGACCGGCCUGCACCCAAGGAUGAGGAAGAGAUGAUGCUGGAGGUUUUCAGGUACACCGACCGAGUCGUCAACAUGGUGCGGCCGCGAAAGAUCCUCAUGAUCGCUGUGGAUGGAGUUGCCCCACGAGCCAAGAUGAACCAGCAAAGAUCCAGACGAUUCCGCUCGGCCCAAGAAGCGCAAGAGAAGGAGGCGGACAAGCAAGAACUUAUCAAGUUGAUGAAGCAGCAGAAUGGCGGUUCGUUGCCCGCUGAAAGCAUGGAAAGUGCCACCAAAAGGGCGUUCGAUUCCAAUUCCAUCACGCCUGGAACCCCAUUCAUGGACACCCUCGCCUUGAGCCUGCGAUACUGGUGCCAGUACAAAUUGAACACCGAUCCUGGUUGGGCUAAGCUCAAAGUCAUCAUAUCUGAUGCCACCGUUCCCGGAGAAGGAGAGCACAAGAUCAUGGACUUCGUUCGAUCACAACGCGCAUCCCCGGACCACGAUCCAAACACGCGUCAUGUAAUCUACGGUCUCGACGCCGACCUUAUCAUGCUGGGACUGGCCACUCACGAACCUCAUUUCCGCGUUCUACGCGAGGACGUAUUCUUUCAAGAUAGCAAGGCUCGCGUCUGCAAGCUGUGUGGACAGAAGGGACACGAGGCUCGCAAUUGCCGCGGCGAGGUGAAGCCAAAGGAGGGCGAGUUCGACGAGAAAGAUAAUGCCCUUGCCCUCAAGCCGUUCAUUUGGCUUCAUGUCUCUGUAUUACGAGAGUACAUUGCUGCCGAACUGGCUAUUCCUGGCUUACCGUUCCGAUUUGACCUCGAACGUGCGAUCGACGACUGGAUUUUUUUGUGCUGCUUUGUGGGCAACGACUUCUUGCCUCAUCUCCCAGCUCUCGAGAUUCGUGAUCACGGAAUUGAUACCCUCACCACGAUCUGGAAAGACAAUCUACCAUCCAUGGGCGGGUAUGUGACCAAGGAUGGACACAUUGACUUGGAAAGAGCACAAUACAUUCUUGAUGGCCUAGCGAAGCAAGAGGAUGCCAUCUUCAAGCGAAGAAAGGAACAGGAAGAUCGUCGUGAAGCCAACUUCAAACGACGGAAACUUCAUGAGAACAACGGCAGAGGCGGGCGCCAGGGUGGAGCGUCCACACCCCGAAAGAAUGGUCAUGAGAACCCUUCGCUUGGGCUGCCGCUCUACCCAAUUACAUCUUAUCCGACCCAGCCAGCAACUGCCCUGACGCAUGACAUGAUCGUCAAUCGCAGCACAGCCACAGACACGAACGUGGCGAACAAAAGCGCCGCCAGUGUCCUGAAGGCCCAACUUCAAGCACAAAAGUCCCUUUCGGAUACCACCAAGGUCGUGGAUGCCCAGACACCUCCUUCGGCUCUCGGAAAGCGAAAGGCAUCCGGCAUGGAUGAGAACAGCAACACCGCUGCCACCGACUCAGCAGGCACCGGUACCCCAACGGCACCGAGCGAAGAAGAAGGCUCGACUGACGAGGUCCGACUCUGGGAAGAUGGUUAUGCGGACCGUUAUUAUGAGAAGAAAUUCCACAAAGAUCCAAAGGACAUCGAAUUCCGCCAUUCAGUUGGCCGGGCAUAUGUAGAAGGCUUGGCUUGGGUCCUCCUCUACUAUUUCCAAGGAUGUCCUUCGUGGGAAUGGUACUAUCCUUAUCAUUACGCGCCGUUCGCCGCCGACUUCAAGAAUCUCUCUCAGAUGCAAAUCAAUUUUGAGAAAGGUCGAACAUCCAAACCAUUCGAGCAACUGAUGAGUGUGCAGCCUGCGGCCUCUCGUCAUGUACUGCCGGAAGUUUUUCACGACUUAAUGUUGAACGAGGACAGCCCGAUAAUCGAUUUCUACCCCGAGGAUUUCGAAAUCGAUCUAAACGGGAAGAAGUUUGCCUGGCAAGGUGUUGCACUACUUCCUUUCAUCGACAUGCCGCGGCUGCUCUCAGCAGUGCAAAGUAAAUACCCUCUCUUGAGCCCCGAGGAUUCCGCUCGCAACGAGAUGGGCAAAGUCGUUCUCAUCCUAUCUGACGGCCACGAAAGCUUGUACGAUGAUAUCUCAACCAAGUUUUAUUCGAAGCGACAAGGAGAACCCAAGUUCAAAUUAAACCCCAAGAAUAGUGAUGGGCUAUCCGGUAAAGUCGAGAAGCAAGAUGGGUACGUCCCGCAUGGGGCGCUGAAGUAUCCCCUAGAGCGACGGUCCUUGCCAGAUCUUGAGUACGAUCGAUCUCUUGUUGUGAACUACGAAUUCCCUCAGACCUCACAUACUCACAAGUCGAUGCUACUACGAGGGGUGCAACUACCACGACCAGCCCUUUCACACAGUGACAUUGAAGUCCUUCGAGGAAAAUCCAACCGGGGUGGACGAAGCUAUGGAGGAGCACCCCUUGGUCGACAAGGACAGGGCAUCCACUAUGGACCUGGUGGCGGGCGUGGAAAUCAGUUGGGACGGCCGCAGAACGGCUAUGGUCGACAGGAUGGGUACCGCCCUCCUCAUGCUCCUGGCACGGGUCCCCCCCCACCUGGGGCUGCUGGCUUUGGCGUUGGGCUGCCACCUCCUCCUCCUCCUGCACACUACUACAACGGUCGGCCGCAGGAUGGCCAGCAUGGGGGUCACCAAGGCUACAACAACAACUCAUGGGGUCAGGGCCAGCCUCCACCGCCGCAUGGCCCAUCUGGACAGCUUGGAUACCUAACCAAUUCGAAUUCUCCGACAUCGCUCAAUGCUGCCGCAGUUAUGAACGGAGACGCAGGCCUGGUCGGCUGUCUUGUCGACAAGCUCGCCACCAGACUCCCCCAUCGAGCGGGCACCAGCGGCCAGAGCCUGCAACAAGAUGACAUCCUUCAUGUCACAAGGGCCACGUUGGUCGAGCUCGGCAACAUAACCAUAUCCACCGUCCUCGACUCCCUCCUGUCCCUACUCGAAGAUCUCGCGCGUCCAUACACUGCCGUGGCCUCGCAUCCCAGCCACGUCCUCCACUCAGAGCUCUAUAUCCUCGCUAUUAUUGCCGACUGCUGUUCUGCCCACUGGGUUUCGCUUGGCCGCAAUAGCGACUCCGAACCAGCUCCCGCACCGCCUCCUCUUGACGAGGUUCUCGUGAGCCGCUUGUUCGACGCGCUGAAGCAUCUCCUCGAGCCGAUCCCGGAUAGUUAUAUCCUCCCCGCUCAGACCCUUCUCGACCAGGUGUCCACGCGCAAUGUAGCCAUUCCUCGCUCUGACGACUCCUCUGUUAUGACUGGAGACGAUGACUCCUCAGACGAUGGCCGCCUUGGAACUCAUCUAGCCGAGAUGGACGCCUAUGUCAAGACUGUGAUUGAAUAUGUCACCGCUUCGAGCUGGGUCGUCGCUUUCGACUACUUCAGGAAUGUCGUAUACAACAUCCGCACGACCACUGUCGUCCAGUCGGGCCCCGCAGCGUCAGGGUCCUUCCAAGAUGCUGAAAAGGCUGCUCUUGUUGUUCUCAGACUGUUGUCAUUCUUCUGGGUGGACGGCCCCAAGCUUGGCCAGGUCAUCCAGGAAAUUUGCUCCAGCUUCCUCCAUUUCCGAAAGCCCUAUCAGAACACCAUUGUUGUAGUUACUCCCUUGCUCAUAACCAGGUGGCUCGAUCGUUUCCCCCGCGAGUUCGUCCAGCUUCAUCUCCUUCAUAAGCGGCUCGACGGCGGCGCAGACACCUUAUUUGACAUGACGCAGGCCGCAACAGACAAUGGCAGGCGGAAGGCUCUCAUCUACCCACUACAGACAACUCUGUUAUUCCUGCUCCCAGAUGUCUUUGAGGUUGCCAGCAACAUGCGAGAAGCCAAGAGCGGCAGUAUGGUCAAGAAGGUUUCCUUCCUUGAUGGACUGAGGAAGGCGUUGAGGAAUCGAAAUGAGCAGGCUGGUCAUUGCCUGGUGUCUCUACUCCGUGCAGCCCGCCAUUUUGAUGCUGAAAGUGAUUCGGCUCUUGUCAGCUACGCUCAGGAUGUCCAAGACGAGGUCCGAGAUGCAGUGUUCCGCCGUGUUUCUUCGUCCGAGCCAACUCUUUUUGAGCAAGACAUGAUGACUGCCGCCUUCGUUAGCUUAGCUCACCUCAACCUUGACGGUGUCAAUGCCCUCGUCGAGACUUGCAUUUCACCCAAUACGCCCAACAGCUUCAAACUAGCCGUUGUCCAAAGCUGCUCUUACUUUGCGCAACAACCUUACGCCCUAAGAUACCAUGAGUUAUUUGACAUUGCGGUGCCAUUCAUGCGUUCUCAGCUAGAGAUCGAAAUUUCCAAAUCAACUGGCACCCCAGCCCAAGGAGGCAUUGAUGGGAUGGAAAUGGUCUGCAGCAUCCUCCAGUUCUUAGAUGCCUCCCCCGCGCGAUUGCUCGACGACCUUUCUGGUGAUGAUCCGAGCAGCGGCUUCUUCAAAUCCUUUCUUCUUUGCGUAUUGUCUGCCGAGCCUUCGGUCCGACGACUUGCUACCGGCGUCGCAGAUAGACUCUUCACGGGCCAUCUAGAGGCGUAUCGACAAUUCGACACGGGUCAUCAAUUUGGGACGCAGCAACUUAGAGGGGAGCUAUGGAGUAGAAGUUCGAAAGUCUUACUUGGCUUAUGUGAGCGUAUCGCAUUGCAAAAGGAUGACCAAGGACUAGUUGCCCUUCAAGAAUACCUAGAAGCACGACUUCUCUUACUGAAGCACAUGCCAGAGCUAGCAGAGAUACCAGCAGAGACGUCAGAUGUCGUGAGCGCGUCGUCGAAGCUCGAAACCACUCUCCUUAUCUCACUAUGCUCUGCCAACAUUGACACUUGUCAGCUCGUCACAUCAUGCAUCGGCCUUUUUUUCCAGGAAUGCUCGAUCGUGGAUAAGCAUGCUGAGUCGGCCAAGUCUUCAGCCUCUGUCCUUCGGAACGGUGAGAUUUUCCAAGAGAUUGCAUCCCGUGCCUUUAGGUUCACCGGACUAGUGGCUUUUCAGAAACGAGUUCGAGGUCUUUUGCGUCGGAUGCAAUUUCCGACGACUGGUAUCUUGAAUGCUUGGGAGACUGCGUUUGAUCGGUGGAUUCAUCUUGCUAAGGAUGUAUCUACCUCAACAAUUGACGCAGUUGAUGAGAAACUGGUCUCCGAAUGGAGGAAUUACUCAGGAUUCCUAGCAUCACUGGGCGGCAUCUGCACCGCUGAUCAAGCCAUCAUCUUGGAAGAGCCAGCUCUUAGUGGAUUGAGGUGGAUCGACCGCAUUUCUUCAGAACAUUACGAAGAGCCUCUCCUAACACGAUACCUGAGGUUGAGUAUCCAACUCUUGGCUUGUGCCAACGUGCGGGUGCGUGAGGCAAUGCGGGAUGUCCUUUCGAGCGAAGUUUCACCAGCGCUCUACCAUCCUUUGUUCAAAGCCCUCGAGUCCGAGCUUGAGGUUCUUUUCACUGGCGCUCUCGCUCCAGUCGACAAAGGCCAAGAUAGUGAAGUUGUGUUUGCGGAACAGGCUGCGUCUUUGUUGAAGGCAUUGGUGGAACGGUUAGAGAGCCCAUCAGACCUCGGCGCGGCAUCCUCAGUCCACCUCGGCGCCUUGACACUAAACUUUGCGAAAUUCUUGGAUGGUGUAUCAGACACGCCCAAUACCUUGCGAGUGAAGAUUCGGGUCUGUCACUUGUGUGAGGUUGUGACUAAGAGGAAAGAGCAUUUGAAUUUGCGAGACGACGUACGUAUCAGAAAUCAACUGCUUGAGUACAUCUUCGGUUGGAUAGCACGACCUCGUUCCCCGCGACCGGAUCAAAAUGGGCUGAGUGCGAGACCGGACGACAUGAGCCGAGUUCAGAAAGACUUGGACAAAGCCUGCCUCAAGUCGCUGGCCGAUCUCACAUUUCGGCUCCCUCUGCAACCAUCCGAUAGCCAUACCGAUGCUGGUAUGAGUGAAAUGAAGUCGCAGAUGUUUCACACAUACUUCAAUCGGUUUCUUUCACUCCUCAACCAUGAGCCGUCCGAUUCCAGUCGGUCCGAUCCUUCUCUUGGAGUAACCAUUCAAAAUGAAACGAUCUCCAAUUCAGACCUAGCCAUCACUAUCCUCUCGAAUCUUCUUAGUGCCAAUAUCGACGUCGGUCUCAAGCAUUCCUUGAAUAUCGGCUAUCAUGACAAUGUCGAGAUUCGCACAGCAUUCGUCAAAGUCCUGUACAAUAUCUUGAUUCAAGGCACUGAGUUCAGCAACCUAACGGAUUCCGCUGUUAGUGAGAAGUAUGAGGAAUUACUAGAGUUGUUGACAAGUGAUCUCUCACUCGCGAUGUCAAUGAGUGUAGCUUGCCCGAGCACCGAUGUGGAUGAGCUUACCAUCUGUCUCCUGACGGUUUUUGAGCAACGAGGUCUCAUAUUCGAGCUCUUGGAGGCCCUUAUCAAGCAGGAGAUAGAGGACACUGAAAACGAGGCGGAACUAUUACGCCGGAGCUGUGUCGCAACCAAGACCCUUUCUGUCUAUGCCAAGUGGAAAGGAUCGUCCUAUCUGCGAGCAACACUACAGAAAGUUUUGGAACGACUCAUGCUAACUUCCAAGGACCUGGACCUAGAACUUGACCCAGCGAGGGUCGCUUCAACAGAGGAACUUCAGAAGAAUGCUCUACAGCUGCGAAUCGUUGCCAAGGUUUUUAUUGACGAUAUCUGUGCGUCCUCGUCAAGCAUGCCACCAGCAUUUCGAAAGAUUUGCAAUAUUAUUUCCAAUGCGGUUGUGGCCAGAUUCCCAGAUGCAAAAUAUACCGCGGUGGGGGCUUUCAUAUUUCUUCGCUUCUUCUGCCCGGCCAUUGUAGCUCCCGAGGUCGAAGGCCUUGUGUCAACGGCUCCUUCCAAGGAAAUGCGCCGUGGCCUUCUUCUCAUUGCAAAGGUUAUUCAAAACCUCGCCAACAACGUGCUCUUUGGCGCAAAAGAGCCGUACAUGUUUCCACUCAACGACUUUCUGACUCAAAACAUCUACCAUGUCACGACCUUCCUUCGGGAGAUUUCGGUGGCCCCUCAUCACUUAGAGGUUCAAAAGUCCACAGAAUCGUUUGAUUUUGGGUCUUGUGUUGCACUUCAUCGAUUUCUGUACGACCAUUGGGACCACGUACGCCAAACCUUGGUUUCACGGGAAAGGAGAGAAUACAUGAGGUCGUCUAGUGACGUUGCUCGGGUUCGCUCGCCAGUUUUAGAGCCACUGAGGAACCUCAUCGCCAAUCUAGGACCUCCGCCGCUUGCGGUUUCGUGGAACCGGCCCCAGGUUUCAGCCAACAGCCCCCCUAUGUAUUCUCGAUUUCAAAAUUUCAUGCUUCGUAACGCAUUCCGAAGUACCGAGUCUUUCUUGACAGCGCGAGCAGUAUAUGACGGAGGCGAGAGCAAGGACGGCCUAUCAAUAAUCUGCAUCAUUCUUCGCCACAUCGAGACAGAGAGCAUUGACUACGACACCCUCAUCUAUUGUUAUCUGAAGAUCGCGAGUAGACUAUGGCAUCGGCCAUUUGGACUUCUCAUAGAUGCUACCUGCUAUAAUGGGAGGAAUGAACCGCAAGACGAUCUCUUCAAGAAGUUGGAGCUUCUCACUCCCUCUGAACUUUCAUGUAACUUGACUAGGAUCUAUGUCUACAACAUGAAUAGCGCUUUCAAGCGAUGUUUUCGACGGCUUCUACGAGUAUGCACGAAGAAUGAGAACGGCGUCUUCAAUCCAAAAAACGUGGAGUAUCAUUUGAUAGGCAGCCUUCAGGACUUACAGGCCCACUUCCACCUCAGUCAACUUCACCUACCAAAAGAAACAAUCAGUGUUGUGACAGACACAAGAUAUGUAUUUCAACCGAUCACACGACUAUCCAAAUCCAAGGGCAAAAUCGAAGUCAUCAUCAAGGUCGGCAGCCAGUUUGUCCAGGUUACGACAACCAAAAAGCAGGAGAUCUUCACGGGGUUUCGGUUGGGCACCACUGUCAACGACAUCUUCCGACUGGGCGAGGUCGAUGAGGCCCCUACAUCAAUUCAAACCGAGGACGAUUCAGCUUUUGGUUUGAGAGCAGACAACGGAAAGAUUGUCAUGUACUUCACGAGCCCCAAGAAGUCGGACGUGCUUCAAACCAUCAGAGGGGCCAAGGCGAAACAUGGGAAGGACAGCAGGACCCAAAAAUCCAUCGAAAGGCUCAUCCGGCCCCAGGACGUGCCGGGGACGCUGCUUAACCUGGCGUUGGCAAAUUUGUCAAGUCCUGAUCACAUUUUGAGACUUUCCUCAUACAAUUUGCUUGGUGCGCUUUGCAAGGCCUUCAAGUUCAGCUCUGCCUCGAGGCUUGUAUGUACGAAAGAUGUAUCGGUUCCUUUGGACCCGAUGCGAUUCAUUGUCAACAUGAGUACGGAGCUGGCACUGGCAGAACCUCAACUCACUUCUGACUUCUUGACCGAAUUCUUCGUCGGGUGGGAAAGUUUCCCCGACGAACAGAAGCCAUUGAGCUUAGCAUACAUGGCUCCCUGGCUCCCUGGCCUACGGACAAAUAUUCUAGCCAACGAAAUGGAUGGCGAGAAGGGAAGGGAGAAGGUGGCUGUUCUAUUCCGAAAAUUGAUUGAUGUCACGGUUCAAGAUCACGCACUCAUCUACUCCCUUGAGCAGUCUGUGUGGCCGAAGAUUGUCCAGGACGAAAUUCUGCUCGAAAUUUUCUUGGAUGAGCUUCUGAAGACAGCGAUGAGCUAUGGGGCUCAUGAGGAACCCCUGGAGGUCAUUUCAUCCAUCGUGGUCGGCAUUGGCACCGUGACGCUGCGAGGGAAAAUCCUCUCACGCCUCCGCAAAGCUUUAAACCGCUCAUCUCUGAGGCCAACCAAGUACCUGCCAGAUAACGCUGUCUGGACAGAGAUUUGCAUCCUGCUGCAGUUUUGUCUAUCAUUGUCAUUCGACAGUGGGGUGCAAUCUCAGCUGUUCCUGCCCGAGAUCUUCCACGUGGUGACCAUGUUGGCGAAUACCGGCAGCCAGGACGUCCGGUUACUUGUUUACCGGUUGUUAGUCAAUUCAGUUCAUGCCGUGUGCACUUCGUUUGAACUAGACGAUGCAAAAUCCAGCAAACUGCGAGCAAGCCUGGAUUUCUUAUGCGACCCACGAAGCGACAUAUUCUCCGCACCUCCUGCUUUCGCCCGCGACGGUGCAUCGGUGUCCACUUCACAAGAAGCUGGCCCGGCGUUGUCAGGCACAGAGAACCUGGCGUCUGCUUUGUUCGAGAUUUGUUCAGUGGCAGCCCCAACAGUCGACUUGUCCAAUGCUUGGCGAUCCCGGUGGAUGAGCCUCGUGGCUAGCACAGCGUUUCAAAACAACCCAGCUAUCCAACCACGAGCAUUCACAGUCAUGGGCUGCCUUGCCCGGGAAGAGGUGGAUGAUGACCUACUCUAUCAAGUGCUCGUAGCCUUGCGAAACAGCGUGGGUCGAUUUGGCGAGGACCACAACAGCGAGAUGCUCGUUUCAAUUGUGACCUCGCUUUCCAAGAUGAUGGCAAAGCUGCCGUCCGCCUCCCGAUACGGCUUGCAGUUGUUCUGGCUCGCCAUGUCACUAGUACGACUGGUCCCGGCAAACCUUUUCAGCUGUGCUGCUCUGUUCCUUGAGGCAGUUUUGGCCAAUAUCAGCACCGGGGGGGACUUCAGGGGUGCGAAAAUGGUGCCUCUGCUUCUUCAGGGCCGAACCCCACUUGACGAAGCGGCAUUACCCUUGGAGGACGUAUAUGGCAUUCACUUCACCCAUGACACCUUUGAGUUUGCUGUAUGCGCGUGUCUUUCUCGUGGUCUCACGGACACUACAACAAGACAAACCGCAAUGCGAGUUUUAUCAUCAUUUCUUGAAAUGACGACGUGGAGCUCUAACCCUAACACGAGCGUGAGGGAUGUCCCAGAAGGGUCGGCGUACUUGGCGCUCCUCCUCGCCCGAGCCGUGGGCCAUGAGGAGCUAAAGGAUAGCCUGUGGUCCGCCGGUAUCAACCCCGGCGAGGUCAACACGGUACUCAAGUCGCGCGAAUUGCCAGACAUCGGGGCAAUCCAGGACAAGAACCUGCUACUAAUGACGGCCAUUGAGAUUGUGGACUUCCAGUACUUGGAGGACACUGUCCAGACACGCAGCCUACAGAGGUUGAAUGAACUGGCAACCAAACGGCCUUCUGUUGCUAUCCACCUGUGCGGAGCCAUCCGAUCUCUGCUGGACGACAUUCUGUUGCACGGCCAGAACUCAAGCACGCUGGGAGCGGCGCAUGUCCUUCUACGGACAUUGUCAUCCAACCCCCAACUCUCGCGGGCCGUUGGUUCAAUGUCAUUAUUGAUAGAGACUUUGGAUAAUAUGGGCUUUGGAGGCCUCUGGCGAUCUUGCUCACUAGGUUCUAUGGAUGAUAUUAACCGUGAUUGUUUAGAGUUAACUGAAAAGCUUAUUGAGUUAAUUAUUAUUUAA